AAGAUGAGGAGGAAGAUUUAGAAAAUAUGGAUGGAAUGAUUGAAGAUGUCGUUGCCAGGAUGACCAAAGGCAAACACACACGAGGAAAACUCUUAUCUUUCUGCGAGAAUAGAAGACCUGCAUAUUGGGGCACGUGGAGCAAGAACAGUUCAUGUGUUUCAGCACGUCGACCUUUCGCUAAAGAUAAAGUUUUUGACUACGAGUAUGACAGUGAUGAUGACUGGGAAGAGGAGGAGACAGGGGAGAGUUUAAGUGACUCUGAAGGUGAAGAGAAGGAAGAGGAAGGAGAUGGGGACCAGUACGAAGUGGAUAAUGACUUCUUCGUUCCUCACGGUUACUUAUCAGAAGAUGAAGGCAGAUCAGAUGAAGAGGAUCCCCAAGAUGAAGUGGUGUCCCAGGAUGAUGAGAGCAAGAAUAGAGAAAAACUUAAGCAAAAGCAAGCUGAGUUUGAGGAAGAAAUGAAACAGAAAACAAAGCAAUUAAAACCACGUGUUAGAGGCUGUUUGUGGAUGGCAGAUAAAAACAACCGAGCAUAUGAUCAACUUUUGAGGAUUUUAAGCCCUCAUAAGGUAGUGAGUCUUUCUUCCCAGUUGCCCAUUGGUACUUCUCAUGGAGGAUUGUUGCCACAGGACACCAAGGAUAACAAACUAGAUGAUGACUUUGCUUCAGAUGACAAAAAUAUUACAAGGCCAAAAUAUUUAAAAAAAUUCCCUGAAGAAGCUGUUCCAUCACUAAUUGAGUUGCUUCAUGGAAAUCGCAAUGGUAAACUCUUCCUGUCCCGCGAGUUUCCUGAUUAUUGGAGAAAUGGUGACAUCGACUGUAAUGAAGAAAGCAGAAAUAGUGGUCUUUUUAUUGCAAGGAGAAAGGUAGAGGCCAAAAUCAAAGAGCUUGGUCGUUGGAGGAGUUGUCCAGAUGAAGGCCCAUUCCACAAGGUUAUGAUGUGGUAUGUUCCUAAAGAAGUGCGAGAGAAGCAUGGUGUUGGAGAAUUAUCUCUGCCCAACACGUGGAAUUACAUCAACAAGCCAAAGGAACGGAGAGACGUAAACCAAGAUGAUAUUGAGGCUUCUGAAGAAGGAUCCAAGAUAUCAAAGAGUAUAAAACUAACUCCCAUAACUGCAUUUGCUAAAAAGCUACCUCUAACUACCAUCUCCAGCCCUACUUUACCUGCUUCUUCCACUAAGUCUAUGGCUCAAUCUUCAGAUGCAGAUGAAAGUUGUAACAAUACCUUGUCUACAACUCCACCUCAACUUGUAUCAGCUAACUUGACCUCUGCUUCACCUCUUUCAUUGGCCAACAUUCAGACUCCAUCACGGAAGACUUCAUCUGCUCACCCUAAGAAGAAAAUUGCACUUACGUCAGAACUACAAGAGCCUGUACCAACUACUACACAGAGUGCUUCCUUUGUGUCUUUCUUCAAAAAAUCAGGAGAGAAGUCUUCCUCAAAAUCAGAUGCGAAGGAAGAAAAGUCAAAAGACAGUCAGGAUGCAAUAGAAUGUAUAGUUUUAGAUUAAAGUGGGAGGAAAUGUUUAGCUACCAAAAUUACUAUAUUGAAUUUUAGAGCUAAUUAAUGUAUAAUAAAGCAACAUUUCAUCAUAUUGAUUGAAUGCUGCUGAAUGUUUUUUAUUGUAUUAGGGCUUUCCCAUUUUCUGGCAGUUGAAUUUGUAUAUAAGUUUUUUCUUAUUUACCACAGUAGUCUGCAAUAAUCUUUACAUGCCUCAAGAAAUCAGACAAGCAACUUUUCUUUAUUAAUAAAAGUAAUAUUGCUUAAAGUUUGGCUGCUAGAUUAAACAUUCAAGAAGCUGAGGAGUUGAUCAACUUUUUUGCAAAUAAUUUUAUAACCUAU